AUGACUGCCACUGUGUCUAUGACAAUUAGGCCGAAGAAACCCGAUCCUCUGUUCGGGUUUGCUCUGCCGGAAUCUUUUGGCGUGAAGUGGAAGGACUUUAAGGUGGUGAUAUCGGUGCCGAAAGGUCGCCAGUACGUCUCUAUACCCGACGGAGUUAAUAGCCUACAGCUGUCGGGUAAAUCACUGACAAAUCAACGCAGGUCCGCUCCGUCGAUGUACCAGUUUCUUCGUCAUCUAGCUUGCGCGGCUGUAAUCACGCAUACCGCCACACCGAGCAAGGUGUACGGAGGCGCUGAUGCAGUGCGGAGACUAAAGGGCGAGAUCAUGAGAAGAAUGGCAGGAGACUUUUAUCCGAAGAUCGCAGCCUACGAAAAAACACUGACCCCGGCAGACAUCACGGAUCGGAAUGCUUUAGCCCGUCACUACGACAUCUAUGGAGUCAUGGACAUCGACGAGAGUGAAGUCGAGAGCUAUCUCGCGUUGCCGCCCGAUUACAAAGAGGCAAUGGAAAGGGACUGUGAACUUGAAGCUGCCGGUGCAUCUGAUAGCGGAGUCUCCGACGCUCAGAACAAGAAGAAGGUCCGAAGGACUAAUUCGAUGAUGAGGGUGCUGAAGAGGCCGGCAGUGGUGAAGAGGGCUAAUUCAGUGAGGGAGUUGCUGAAGAGUCCGUCAGUGAUGGAUAUACUGAAGACUCCGAUCUUGAGGAGGAAGAAGCCACAAACAGAGGCGGAGACAGAGGCGGAGACUACGACCUUGACGACCAAGAAGCCACAGACCGAGGCGGAGACCGAGGCGGAGACCGAGGCGGAAACACAGGCGGAGACCGAGGCGGAAACACAGGCGGAGACG